ACGACUGGGCCGCGUUUAUCCUUGUCAUUUUGAAUACUAUACUCGGUACGGUCGGAGCAUAGGGAUACGCUUUGCUAGUUGUCGCUGGAUCUUGCUCUCGGGAUUAUUCGGUCGCGUCGUCUUUAAUCACAGGACAACUCAUACGUUGACGCAUUGGCGUCUUGACAACUCGCAUACCCUUCAUUCGGAUCAUCUCUGUCCUCCACUUUCUUUCCAAUAUCUGCAAAUCGAAUACAUCGCGUCGUAAAGCAACAUGCAGCACUCUCGUUCUCCGUCCGCUUCCACGACACCAUCUCCGAUUCUCGACUCCCCACGCCCAGGUCACUUGUCAGAUGUGCCUGAAGAACCAUCAGGCACAGUGACACCGCCCGGUCGCACCACAAGCCCAUAUAUGCACGCGGGCACCGCCGCGUUUAAAGGUUACGCGAGCACCAGCAGCCUCGGGAGCGUGGCGUCCGCCGCGAAGAGUCCAGCAGGACCUCGGAACCCGUCGAACCUCCGUGUCGCGAGCAGCAGCAGCCUCCGCGCGGUACACGCGCAGCAUCAACAGCUGGCCCAGUCCGCUGGCGAUCGGGACAGAGAUCGAUGCCAGGAGAGCGUACGCGAACGCGAUAGCGACAAAAUAAGCAUUACAGCACCCAGUAUCGCGGGCAUGAUGACGAGCAGCGCCACGAGCGGGUCGAAUGGGACAACUCCAAAGGGCAAGGCGCGGUCCAAGAGCCCGUCGGGUGCGACGAUUCGCGAGAAGCGUGAACGCGACCGUGACAGAAGAGACGCGAAGAACUCGAAGGAUGCAAAGGAUAAGGAUUCUGAGGAGGUGUCAGCCAUGGAGAAGGGCGUUCCACCCAAGCCGCGGUACAGGGAGGCACCUCGUAUGCCAAGCGCAAGAGAUUGUGAACCCGCUCCAGCAACGCUGAUGUACUGGGGCAAGGCCCCUGUAUAUGGCUACCUCCCAACACACGGACUACGGGCACAUACGGCGACUCUGGUGGACGGCGUCGCAUGGAUAUACGGAGGCUGCGAUGAGAAAGGAUGCUGGAGAGACGUCUGGUGCUUCCACACAGAGACGAUGCAGUGGACCUAUCCCAGUACUCUGGGUGACAUUCCUCCGCCUUGCCGAGCACACACUGCGACCCCUGUCGAACACAGACUGGUCAUGAUUGGCGGUGGCGAGGGCCCGUACUACUACAAUGACGUCUUCGUCCUUGACACGAUCGCUCGUCGAUGGUCUCGCCCGAGCUUCCCGCCAACAAUGGUACUUCCGCCACCACGACGUGCACAUACUGCCGUGCUCUGGCGCGGCAAAAUAUGGGUUUUUGGAGGUGGCAAUGGCAGCAUGGCACUGAACGACCUAUGGACACUCGAGGCCAGCGGCUCUGCGAAUAUGGACAGGAUGAAGUGGGAGCUUGUACAGACACGGGGACGCAAGCCCACUGCAAGGGGCUACCACACGGCGAACCUCGUCGGCAACGUGAUGGUCAUCGUUGGUGGAAGCGACGGGCGGGAGUGUUUCUCGGAUAUAUGGUGUUUGAACCUUGAGUCACUCAACUGGAGCAGGGUCAAUUUGAACAAGAUGUAUCGACGGUUAUCGCACGCUGCGACCCAGGUUGGCUCAUACCUCCUAAUUUGGGGUGGGCACGACGGCACAUCGUACACCUCCGAGCUUCUAUUGUUCAACCUCGUGUCCUUGACAUACGAGCAUCGUACCAUCGCAGGUCGCGCACCGUCUGCGCGAGGUUAUCACGUAUCGCUCCUUGCCGAUAGCCGGCUCUUCGUGAUUGGGGGCUUCAACGGCAGUGAAGUCUACGACGACGUCCAUAUGCUCGAGCUUGCGGGCGCCGCGUACCUACCCCAGGUGACCAGCUUUAAGAUCGAUGUCGAUUAGGAGGGCGUAACUUCGUUGAUCGGUCGUUGUCAUCGCCACGAUGACGCACUCUGGUAUAUCCGUUGACGUUGACGGCUUGUACUUUACUUCCUAUGAUAUUUUGAGUAUACACUUCGGCCUGCUUUUUAAC